UAAGGUUGACCCUUGACCUUGUUGGAAAUCAGUUUUAACCUUGUAAGCACAAUACAAGCACAUGGAAAUGCAUCUCCUGUUAUGGAUCUCGUGGACUCUGCUGAUCUCCGUAGACUGCGCCAAGAUUCUCUGUCUGUUCCCGUACAAUGCACGGAGUCACUUCAUCGUCAUGGAGCCGUUACUCCAUGCGCUACAUCAGAGAGGCCACAAUCUCACCGUCGUCUCCAGCUUCCCUCAACAGAAACGGCUCGAGAACUUCCGAGAUGUCGAUCUCUCCGUCGACUUACCCUCGGCAGUUAGCAGUUAUACCCUGGACUCUAUCAGGGAGUUCAUGCCCAACCGAUUUGUUACCCCCAUCUUCAUUGCGAAAAUCCACAUGGACGUUUGUGAGAAAGUUUUAAAGGACGAGAGAAUAUUAAAUCUUCUAAACGAACCGUUUGAUUUGGUGAUCGGAGAGAUAUUCGGCGCUGACUGCUUCAGUUAUAUCGCUUACAAGUUAGGUGUGCCUCAGAUCGCGUGGGUGACCAGCGCAUCGCUACCUUGGUCCUCGGAUAGAGUUGGGCUACCGGAUAAUCCGUCCUACAUACCUAACUACUUUGUGGACUACCCAGCCGAGAUGAACUUUUGGCAGAGACUGUAUAACUCGAUCACGCUAAUGUGGUCCAAGACUGUGUACCACUUCUACUCGGAUAUUCCCAGUCACAGACUGGCAGAAAAAGUAUUCAACUGUUCCCUGCCGCCGAUGGAUGAGAUCAACCGCCAGACGGCGCUGAUCCUCCUGAACAGCCACUACACUCUGGCGCAGAGUCGACCAUUCCCACCCAACGUGGUGGAAGUCGGAGGCAUCCACGUCAGGGAACCAAAGGCACUGCCUGAGGAUAUUCGGCGGAUUCUGGAUGACGCUAAGCAAGGAGUUAUCCUGUUCAGUUUCGGCUCCUUGGUCCGUGCGUCCUCUCUUCCUCCACGGACAAUACAGAUGUUCCUGAAUGUGUUCAGAACACUUCCGCAAGUUGUGGUGUUCAAGUAUGAAGACUCCUUGGAUAAUCUUCCUCCCAAUGUUGUUGUCAGGAAAUGGCUCCCACAAUCCAACAUUGCUGCACAUCCCAAUGUCCGAGCCAUCAUCACUCAUUGCGGUCUGGCCAGCACAGUGGAGUCAGUUCACUUUGCCAAGCCCCUGAUUGGAGUCCCGUUUUUCUCCGACCAGUACCAGAACGCCAAGAAUGUCGCACGUCGAGGAGCCGGCAUUGUGCUGAACAUCGACAACCUCAGAGAGGAAGACAUCGCCUCAGCUCUCAAGGCUGUUCUGCAAGAUCCAAGCUUUGCAGAAAACAUGCAGAAGCUAUCCUGGAAGUUCCACGAUCGGCCGAUGACACCUCUACAAACAGCUGUUUACUGGACAGAAUAUGUCAUCAGACACCAGGGAGCUCCACAUCUCCGACCUGCCUCGGUCCACCUGGCAUGGUAUCAGCUGUUGUUGCUGGACAUUGUUGUUGUGCUGGCAACAACAAUGUCAGCUGUUGUUGUUGCUCUCUACUGCGUUGUUAGAACAUGCACCUCCUUGAUGCGGACAACAAGAAAAACCGCAAGAAUAGAAAAUGGAACGAAGAAAGAAAAUGGAAUGAAGAAACCAAAAGCGAGAAAGACCAAAAAGAUUGAUUAGAGUAAAUUGUUUUAGGUUGUCUAAGCGAAUUAAGGUGACAUAGGUUGUCUUUAAAAUUAAGCAUGUGAUUCAUCAAGGAUGUCGAGCAUGAGAAUAUUUUCAGUUUACUACAAUCGACACACACAUCCAUUAUGUUGGCAUUGAUUUUAGAGAGAAUUAUGUUAUUGGACUGAAUAAUAUCUGCACUUAUAGAAUGUUUAUUUUCAAAUAUAUUUAUAAAAGUAAAUAUAGUAUUGUAUUCUGGAUUGUAUAAUAGAGGUGGUAUGCAUAAUCUAAGCUCUAACUCUAGUCCUUUUCUUGUCAAAUAGUUUGUUCGAUGAGCAUCAUUAAUACAAUGUUUUGUACCAAUCCAGUUAAAAAACAGCAAUUUUUAUAAGGUUAUUGUUACAAAUAAAACCCAAAAAAUAUCAAUGUAGGUAUGUAUUAUUUUUAAGUAUACUUUUAAUAUUGUUAAUAUAAGGGGUGCAUGAUGUUUUACCAUACAUUAAAUACAUAUAAUUUUAUUCGAAAUGCUAUCAGUUAACAGGUAAACUGAGUAUACCAUUUUCAUAUGGAGUACCUUGUUAAAGAAAUAAGAGUAUUUUAAGUAAUAUCCAGCAGGAGGAAAGUUAAAGUCUAAUUUUACUUCUGCAUUGAACAAACUGAACUGAAUGACUUUUGGAUGUAUUUAUGGGUUAAGAUGUGUUAUUAGAGAUUGCAUAGCAAACUUCUAAAAUAUACCGAUUAUAACAACUGAAAAAUAUAUAUUUUAGUGGUGCAAAUAGUAAAUGAGCAGUAUGUUCCCUAAAUAGUAAGCCUACUAAUUUAGUUUAACAAUAAUACUUGUUUUAUGUUUUAUAACUU